GACGGGCCCCGGCAGCCGACACAGACCAUGUGCCCGCGCCGGCCGCAUUAUCGAAGCCGCUGCCGUGACGCCGCCCCACCGCCAGUUCACCACCAGCUCCAGCACAACAAGAGCAUCUAAUAAUAAGCUUCAGGCUAAAAGGGGAACAGCACACUGACACCGUCGCAGCAGAAGCAGAAGCAGAAGAGAAGCAGAGCAGCGGCGGCGACCAUGGCGCCAAGGUCAGACCUCCUCGCCGCGCUAGCGUUGGCCCUCCUCGCCGCGAGCGUCCUUAGUACGGGGGCCAAGGCCGACUUCGACGACCAGUUCGAGGUGAUCGGCGACCGCGACCACAUCGGGUACCGGGACGACGGCAACGACAAGGGCCAGGAGUUCUCGCUGGAGCUCGACCAGGAGUCCGGCUCCGGCUUCAAGUCCAAGGCCAAGUACCUCUUCGGCGAGUUCCAGGUCCGGAUGAAGCUCGUCGACGGCAACUCCGCCGGCACCGUCACCUCCUUCUACCUGACCUCCGGCGAGAGCGCCACCCACGACGAGAUCGACAUCGAGUUCAUGGGAAACUCGAGCGGCGACCCCUACGUGAUGAACACCAACGUCUGGGCCAGCGGCGACGGCAAGAAGGAGCACCAGUUCUACCUCUGGUUCGACCCCUCCGCCGACUUCCACACCUACAAGAUCACAUGGAACCCAAAGAACAUCAUAUUCGAGGUGGACGGCGUGCCGGUGAGGACCUUCAAGAAGUACGACGGCCUGCCGUUCCCGUCGGCGCGGCCGAUGACGGUGCACGCGACGCUGUGGGACGGCAGCUACUGGGCGACGCAGCACGGCACCGUCAAGAUCCACUGGCGCCACGACCCCUUCGUCGUCCCCUACCAGGGCUACCACGCCAACGGCUGCGUCCACGACAAGGCCACCAACAAGACCUCCUGCCCCGCCGGCAGCGACGCCUGGAUGCACCGCGAGCUCGACGACGGCGAGCUCAGCACCGUCGCGUGGGCCGAGCGCAACUGCCUCUCCUACAACUACUGCGCCGACGGAUGGCGCUUCCCCAAGGGCUUCCCCGGCGAGUGCGGACGCAAGUGAUGAUGAUGAUGAUGAUGAUUAGUGGCUGUCCAGGAUUUGAUUAAUUUGAUUCUUGAUUAGUAGUGGUGCUGCAGAACAGAAUUGCCCUUCUUCUUGUUCGUUUCAUGAUUCCAUUAUUGGACAUGUACAUGUCUUCUUACCUUACAUUACAUUACAUUACCGGCCCCAUUUUUCUCCCGUGUAUGUACAUUUUUGCAAUCUUUAAUUGGUUAGAAAUGUGAAGAAAGUGAGAGGGAAA